CACUGACUGUGACAAGUAGGAAUAUGUACGCGUUGAACUGAUACAAAAGUGCAUAUUUUGACGUGAGAUUUUAAUAACGUUUGGUACAAUGUUCUGCACUAUCGAUGUUGUGUAUCAUGGAACAGUCAAUGUAACGAUUUAUUAAGAGGCCAACGUUGAUGGUGAUAACAUAAAAAAAUCCAAAGGUUAAAGUUACUGAAAUUUUGCACUGAAACUUUAUUGUAGUGAAUGUGUAUUCAAUGGUCAAUUUACGAUAGUGUAAAGAUAAUUAAAUCAUAAUGGACGGUAAAAGUAUAGCGUCAAAAGGAAGUAUGCAGAACGGGUUCGACAUGAUAAUUGAAGAAAGUCAGCCGAUGAGAGUUGAAGAAGAACAGAGACAAAUUGAAAACAUACUAACACACGCAAAUGAUACAAAUAUGGAUGUUAAAUUUGAAGAAGACAUAACAUUGCCAACAAAAGCUGAAACAGAAAAGCUCAAGUUCACAUCAACCUUCAGCACCUAUAUGACUUUGUUGGGAUAUACUGUAGGGAUGUCUGAUUUCUGGAGAUUUCCUUUUCUUGCUUAUAGAAAUGGCGGAGGAGCGUUUCUAAUCCCAUUCGUGGUAAUGAUAAUUUUGUGUGGGUUUCCUAUGUAUUUCUUGGAAUAUUCUUUGUCUAAGUUCUCUGGUAGAGGACCCUACAAGAUAUGGGACAUCUGUCCAGUUUUUAGAGGUAUCGGUAUAACAGUAGUUGCAGCAUUUUUUCUGUGGAUGAUUGGUACCACUGUAUUGAGAUGCUGGAUCAUUGACUUUCUUAUAAACGCUUUCCAAGAUCCACUACCCUGGACACUUUGUACUAAUAGUUGGAACACAAAGUUGUGUAAAGACACUCUCGGUGAAGGAAGCUCAAAUGCCGAUAACCAAUCACUUGACGCAAUCCCAUUAUUAAACGAUUCUGUGACGUCAAUAAUGUUUUCCAUGACGUCAUCUUUGUCCACAGACGUCAUGAACGGAAGACAGAAUUCUUCAGUGCAUGCUAUUUUGGCGAAUUCUACAGGAACGUUAAUGACGUCAGCAGAGGAAUUUUGGCAAUACCGUGUUUUGGAAUUGUCGUCUGGUAUUUCUGACCUUACACCCUUUCAGUGGCGUCACGUGAUUACUUUAGCUGUGUUACGUAUUGUUAUAGGUUUUGGUCUUGUGAAAAGUAUCAAAUCUAUAGAAAAGGUGAUAUACGUUACAGCCACAGUUCCGUUUUUCCUGACAGUUGCCAUAUUUAUCAGAUCGCUGAUGCUGCCUGGUUCAAGUCUUGGCAUAUUGCAUUUUAUCAAUCCAGAUUUUGACAAGAUUUUACAGCCAAGGGUUUGGAUUGAAGCCAUGUUGAUGGCUUUUUAUACACUGGGUUUCGGUUGGGGAGGUAAUAUAUCACUGGGCUCUCACGCACAUUUCAAAGAGAAUUGUUUAAGGACAUCGAUAAUACUUCCCCUAGUUAACCUGUUUAUGGCAGCAUUCAGUGGAUUAGUUUGUUUCUCUGUUCUUGGUAACAUGGCUCAUAGUUAUGAUGUUGAUAUCACGGAAGUUAUCAAUGCAGGCAUGUCAGUUGGUAUAGUAGCCUACAUUACGGCUUUGUCAUCACUACCGUUCACGCAGAUCUGGUCUGUCUGUUUUCUAGCAGCUAUAAUUCUAACAGGAAUUAAUUUGGUUCCUAUGGACAUGAUAAUGCAGCUGAUAGGAGAUGUUUUCCCGAGGGUACGGCGCGGAUUUCGGUUCCACGCACUUGUUGUUACAACAAUUAUUUUCUUUCUCUUUUCAUUGCCUACGUGUACUGGGGCAGGUGUUUACAUUUUCCUAUGGACGGAUUGGUACAAUGGUGCCUGGAUUGGUCCCAUAGUUGCAUUUAUUCAGCUUGUGGUCGUUGCCUGGGUGUAUGGUAUGGAUAGAUUUAGUGACGAUGUACAUAUGAUGAUAGGCAGGCCUAUACCUGGACUUCUUAGGUUCCUUACGGCAUUUAUAACACCUUUAAUUGUCCUGAUUAUAUUUUUGGUAAGUUGUGUGAAAUAUGUACCGCCGUCAUACGGGAGUUACACAUAUUCUUCAACAGCUCGAGUUAUGGGCUGGCUGAGCGUUGCUAUAGUAAUGAGCCCCAUGGUAGUUCAAGGACUUUACACAGUAAAUACAUCAAAGGAGGCUUCGUAUUGGAAGAAACUAAAGCAACAUCUCAGGCCCGUAGAAAGCUGGGGACCAUGUGAAGAAGAAUUUCAAGGACAGUUUCAUAGCAACAAAGCUAAAUAUAGAAACAGAUCAUGGAAGGAUCUUAUAUAUUACAAUAUGUUUGGCAAAUACCCGGCGCCAUGUCCAAUAUCUACGAACAAAAACCAAGAGCUGGAUUGCUUAAAUAAAUCUUGA